CGCUGCUUAAUAUAGACCGACCAUAUGCUCCAGCCCUUGCUCACUCUUACACAAGCAUCUCCUAAGAUUGAGUUAUACUGCAAUUUCAGGCAAAAAAAAAAAAAUCUUUCCCACAAACCUUAGGGUCAUUGAGGGUUUCAUAAAACUGAAGAAAAUAUAACCAGCUCUGGUUAUUGUCUUUCUUAAAUUUCCUUUAGGCGUUUCUGGGUCUUUUUUUUUUUUUUACAUCAACAAAGAACAUGUCUGAAUUCAGCCAAAACUCUGACCAAGAAGAAAUCUGUUCUGAAGAGAUUGAUGAAGAUGAAAUCCUAGCAAACCUCUCCCCCGAAGAACUGAAGGAACUACAAUGUGAAAUGGAAGUCAUGGCUCCAGACCCUGAAGUACCAGUUGGAAUGAUACAAAGAGACCAGACUGAAAAGCCACCGACGGGAAACUUUGAUCACAGGUCCCUUGUUGACUACCUGUAUUGGCAGAAGGCAUCAAGGCGGAUGCAUGAGGACGAAAGAGUGCCUGUCACUCUCUUGCCGUCGGAGAGGCUCGCUGUGGAGAAGUCCGAAGAAAAUUCUCCAGAUAUUAGUAAUGAGAAGCAGAUGGUGAAAAAUAAUGCAGGGAAAACAAAUGGAGAUGUAAGAGACUAUAAAGAGAAUGAAGAAGAGGAAGAAGAAGACGAGGAGGAGGAAGAAGAAGAGGAAGAGGAAGAGGAGGAGGAGGAGGAAGAGGAGGAAGAAGAGGAGGAAGAGGAAGGUGAGGAAGAACAGGAGGAGGAGGAUGAAGAGGAGGACGAAGAGAAAGAUAAGGAGGAACUGGGAACAAAGAAACCAUAUGGUGAAGAGGACAGCAGAAGUGAACAUGAAACAGGGGGAUCAGAUGAAAAACAAGAAAAUAAUGAAAAGAAAGCAUCAAAAUUAAAUAUUCCCAAAAAAUUAGCUGUAGAUACUAAUUUUAUUAAGUUAAGUGCUAGGCCUUCAGGAAAUCAAACCAAUUUAGAUGAGAGCCUAAGAAAGGUCCGGAAGAAUGACCCAAGCAUGACAGAACUCAACUUGAACAACAUUGAGAACAUCCCCAAGGAAAUGCUGGUGGACUUUGUCAAUGCUAUGAAAAAGAAUAAGCACAUCAAAACAUUCAGUUUAGCCAAUGUGGGGGCAGAUGAUAAUGUUGCUUUUGCCUUGGCUAACAUGCUGCGUGAAAACAGGAGCAUCACGACACUGAAUAUUGAUUCAAAUUUCAUCUCGGGUAAAGGAAUUGUUGCAAUUAUGAGGUGUCUGCAGUACAAUGAGAAGCUGACUGAGCUACGCUUUCACAACCAGAGAAGCAUGUUGGGCCAUCAAGCAGAAACGGAGAUCUCCAGGUUACUGAAAGCCAACCCUACGCUGCUCAAGAUAGGGUAUCACUUUGAACUUCCAGGUCCCAGAAUGGUGGUUACCAAUCUGCUCAGCAGAAACCUCGAUAAACAGAGGCAGAAAAGGAUAGAGGAGCAAAAGCAGCAGCAACGAAAACAGCAGAAAGAGCUGAUAGCCAUGUUAGAGAACGGACUCGGGUUGCCUCCUGGCAUGUGGGAAUUGCUAGGGGGACCGAUGCCUGCUUCAGUGAUGCCUCCUUCGAUGCAACCUCCAAUGCCACCAGUCCCCAAAGCUCCAUCUGCGGGAAGGAAAAACGAACCUGCAAGAAAACCAGACCCUGAAAAGGUAAGCAGCGGCGACUUCAAAAUAGUGAAACUCAAGAGAACCCAGCGGAAACCCACCAUAAAAGAAUAUGUGGAGCCUGCUGAAAAAACUAACCUCAAAGAUGUGAUCAAGACACUCAAGCCUAUUCCAAGAAGACGGCCACCUCCUCUGAUGGAAGUAACUCCUAGAGAUCAGUUACUUAAUGAUAUUCGCCAGAGCAACGUAGCUUAUCUGAAACCGGUGCCACUUCCCAAAGAGCUGGAGUAGUUACUCCCCAUUCAGCUGAAGGAAACAACUUGGAGAAGGAAAGAAAAAGAACAGAACAAAACAAAACACACAGACUGUGCAAGUGUUGCUUCAUAUUGUUCCAGGGCCUGUUUCCUUCAAAUGGAAGACAUGGGAACAAUGCUUAAAGCAUGCCACCUGUUGAAGUGAUGAUUGAAAAGGAUAGAAUGGAAACAGUAUAAAUGGUUAAUAAUUCACACGUACGAUCUUGUAAUGGGCGAGUGCCACCCUAUAGUCUCCGUCAGCUUGCUGGGCUUUAAUUUCAGAGGGUAGGGGCGGAGAGCAGAGGGAUAUUAUCCCCAAUGUUAUAACUUUUAUAGAUUCCUUCAGGAAAUCCCUGUUGCGAUCAUGUCGCCUUCUGCUUUUAAACUUUACAGAAGCA